AUGAGUCGCACAUUCGGCAAGAUCGCGGGGCCCAGUCCUGUUCUCAGCAAACGAGAAGGCGAUGCUGACACAAGCAAGACGGAGCAAGCGAUCGUCAAGGAUGUGUUGCGCCAGCUGCCCUCUCUCAACAAACAUUCUCCAUCUCCGCCUGCGGCAGACACGCGCGGCGCAAGGGCGGCGGAAACUGCAGCGGGUGCGAACUCAUCCCUCUCCUCAUCGCAUCACAUUUCGCACUCCGACCUUGUCGACACACUUGGCGCCGAUGACGAGGAACUGCUGCUGCAGGAGUUGUUGAGCAUCACGGCCGGCGCGGCACCGUUUGUGUCUAGUAAAACUGCGGCAGCCUCGGCAGAUGCAGUGACGUCCUCCAACACUGGCCAAGGAGACGCACCAUCGCCAGUACAUGCAGUGUCUUCCUCCACUAUGUCAGAGAAGGAGAACAAGACGAAUCCAGCUGAUAGCAAAGCCAGUUCUACCACCGCCUCAUCCGCUGAAGUAGGGCGGAACAGCAAGCAAACACUCAAUAACGCCACGCGCGAGACUCCAACACAAAUUGCGAAGCCGUCAGCAGCUGGCUCCCCAACAACGGCCAUCGCAGCGAACAAAAAGAAGAGCGCCUUCACCUCUAGAGAAGAACAAGAUAUUCUCGACGCCAUCCUCACCGCGGUAGACGACCAGCAGUCGAGUGUGAGCGGCGACCUCACCAGUUCCAAACCCACAUCAGCGGCUCAGGAAAGUGCAAGGAAGCAGCCGCAGAGGGAUGAGGAGCAGGAUGCCGUCGAUCGGGUGCUAGAGGAGGCGAAGCUGCUUGCCACCUCCACCGUGCUAUGCGAGACACAGCGGGGAGAGUUGGUGCUGCACAUCCACGAACACGUAGCCCUGCGUCGUCAGUUGACGGAACUGAACAAGACGAUCGGCGCGCCAACCUGCGUGGCCCUCACCGAAGCGGCACCGCAACGAACCAACAAUCCAUCUUCCUCGUCACAUGCAAGACCCUCGAGCUCGGCGAAAUCGAGUUCGCUCGCGGUGGCGGUGGGCACGAACCUUGGCGCCGUCGCGCUCUUCGACCAGCGGUGGAGCCUCCUUGGCCUCUGCGGCUCGGUUGAAGCGAGCGUGGUGCACGUACGUGGCGCCGUCGUCUCCUUGUCCCUCUCUGCUACAACCUCAUCAGACGAGACAAAUGAGGAGCCAACCGCGGCCACCGGUCACGCGACGGGCGUCUGCAUUCUCUGGUCUCUCAACUCAUUUUCCCCGCUCCGGAUCAUCAAAGAUGAGUGCACCGUGCCCGUGCUGCGCCUCCAGCACCUCCAUCGCGACACAACCCGAUUUCUCAUGUUAGCGAGCAACGGGGCAGUGAAGUUGUUUCAGUUGUGGAAAGUCAUGUCGAAGCAUGUGCUGCGCUCCACGACCUUAACCGCCACCGCCGCGGCGACCCCGAUCAGUGACGUGGACGCGCUGCCGUAUCCUAGCAGUUUCUACAUGCGCAACCUGCCAAAGAUUAAGGACCAUCUACCCGCGGCAGCGACGGGGUGGAACACCGACAACGGCAUCCCGUGGCUUCUCGCACCGCCGCCUCUCCCGUCCGCCACGGCCGGUGCGGCGGGUGUGUCACGCACCCGCUGGUCUACCGUAGCGGAUAAACACCUCGUGGCGGCCGUGAGCAACGACGCGGUGCUGAUUUACAUCGUGGAGGCCGGCCUGCAGGGGGCGGUGACCGGUGUGGCGCGGCACACCCACCCGCCCUCGUCGGCCCUGAGCAACGAGCUCGUCCGCUUUGUGCCGAUGGAGCAAGAAGGCGUCGCCCCACGCGUGCUGCUCUGUGUCUCGUGGAACACGGAAAUUGAGCUGCUCUUCCUCAACCUGCGGCUACCCGACACCGGCUCGUCCGUCGCUGGCGCGAGCGGAAGCGCGUCCGACCCGCUCGCGCAAGGGGUGGAAAGAAUUGCGCUGCUGCGGCUGGCGGCGCCGCUGUUGCAGAUGGUGCCGUUAGCCGGCUGCAGCGUGUUGUUGCUGGACCAAAACAAAGACGCCCAGUUGAUGGAUGCGUCGGUGGCGGUGAUGGUGGAGCGCCAUCACUUCGCCUCACUGGAGUACGUCACUUUUGUGAGUCGGCUCUGCGGGACGAAGUACCACGGCACUCUGGCAUCCAAUCAAUCAGCAGCAUUGCUGCUCGGCAAAGGGGGCCACGCCUACGGCAUCUCUCUCUACUCCUGGCGAGAGCGGCUGACGACGUUGGUGGCGCGCCGCAAGUUUGCGGAGGCGCUGGACCUGGCGAAGGGCUUUGCAGAGGAGGUGGCGUUGUCCAUGGUGGGCUUGAGCAGCAACACUGCACAGCGGCGCCGCGAUCUGCAUCAGUACAUGGAGCGCAUUCUCUUCGCCUACCUGGAGAGUACGCUGAGCGACAGCACUCCAUCCUCUGCCGCGUCAGAGAAUGCCGCCGAUUCGCUACUCGAUGUUCUACAGGGCGUCGCCGCCUACUGUAGUACGGUCGAUGCCUUGGAUCUGCUCUACGGCCCCAUCACCCGCACAUUGCAGCAGCGCGGUUUGCUGUCCUACCUUCUCUAUGCGUUGGAGGGCACCAUGCGCCACGGCAUCAUCACCUACAUGCCGGAGCCGCUGAUUGAGCGCUUCAUCGAUUUCUUUUUGCGUGAGAGCGAACUCGCGGCGCUGGAAGUGGCGCUGGGGGUUCGCCCGUCUCAGCAACGCCAGGCGGCCAUCCCUCAUAAGCAAAGCGCAUCUCCCACCGUGGCAUCCGCUGGUCGACUGGGGUCUCCGGAUGUUGCCUUGUCAGGCAAAGACCGCGCAGAGCUGGCGCUGAUGUGUCUCGAUGCCGGCUUACCCAACCUGCUGCGCCUCGCACGAGAACACAAGCUGCUGCGGCUGAGUGUCACCAUCAUGUCGUAUCGUCAACAGCAGUACGUGGAGGCGCUUGCCUACGCACUGGACGAAGAGGAGGGUGAGGCAGAGGAGGAAAGAGCAGCGAGCGCAGACACCAUAAAAGCAUUUGCAGGCUCCACCAGUGCGUCAGUGGCGGUCGACCUCGUGGAGUACACGUUAAAAGACUGCGCGUUACUUCCAGGCGCCGACAUUCCAGCAAACGAGCAGCGACCCGCCAAGAAGGCGCUUCUUGAGUUUCUCCUGCAGACCAACACGCAAGGUCAGCACAACCUGCUGCGCUUCCUGCAGCGGUGGCCACAACACGCCGUCCGUGUGCUUCUCUUUGCCCUGUCCGACGAGGGUCUGUGCAGUCCGUGGGGGAGCAGCAGAGACGGCUUUUGCCGCACCCAGUUCGUGUCAAGUGUCUUCUUUCUCCUCACAGGCGGAACGCGCACGCAACCACGGCCGUGGAAAAGCGGAAGUGAAGAAAGGACAUAUGGCCGGCAAGAGAGCAAACCUGUCAACCUGUUCUUGAUAGACGAUGAGGCGUUGGCGCGUACACCCGGACUGCGGAAGCUGUGUGCGGCUGAGCUGGCGGAGCGCAGCUUUCCUCCUUACGACGUGGUGCACACCUUUCUGUCGGACGCCGCCUUCUUCGACGAGCUCUUUCUCGCCGACGGAGAGAACGGUGAAGUCGGAGGGAAAAACGCGGCUGACGGCUUCUCUGUGCCCGUGUCCACCCCCUCCAUGGUGCGCUUCGAUGUGUGGAUGGACUUGGUCCUUCAAGAUGCACUGUACAUGUUCCAAAACGCGCAGACGGCGGAGGAGCGGCGAGCACUACAGGAGCGAUUAAUGAGCGUCAUGGCACCGCCAUUUAUUCCGCAAGAGCGCAUUGCCGUCUUCCAGCCGGACUUCACGCGGCUUCGCAUGGCUCGCUGCCUUGCAGCCCUUUUCUGUAAAGAGCAGCGUUACACCGAGGCGAUUCGGUGCUACAUUGACCCGGCCCAAAACAGUGUCGACCCCAGCUUGCAGCGCGACGUCUUUGGCAUGCUGCGCAGCGAGAUGCAGCGCCUGCAGGACCUCAAGACACGCACCGCCAACGCGGCCGAGCAGCUGAGCGCAAGUCGGCGGUUUGAGAGCGACACACUUGACGGUACCGAAAUGGACGACAACAACGUCCCUGCGUCACCGUCUUCCGGGGCGGGUCGCCACACCUCGAAUUCCGCGAUGGAACCUCUUCUCACCAGCUCCUCCUCCCUCACCACCACCGCCGCAGCCACAAGUGCGAUAGAUGCAGCCAUUAAGGCGUUGCAGCGAGGCGUGAUGAGUCAGGUGGAGGCGCUCGUCCGCAUUGACGCCACGGCGCUUGCGCAGUUCAUCUUUGACUAUCUGCCCUCCAACCACCGCGAGGUAAUGCGUCUCCUCCGCGGCUCCAGCGCGGCCUUUCUCGACUACCUUGACGAACUCAUCGCGCAGGGCGACCCGACUGUGGCGAACGAUAUCAAUUUGCAGAACACGUACAUCGAGCUGCUCUGUGCCCACGCGCCGGACAGGGUCUUUGCGCACCUGCAGGAGAAAGGGAGCUCUAUCACGUACGACGUGCAGCUGGCGCUUCGUGCCGUGCGCAAGUACCACAUCGCUGACGCUUCAAUUUACCUGCUGGAAAAGACGAUGAUGAUUCAGGAGGCCAUGACGGUCAUGGUGAGCGCAACACGUGCCGCGCUGGCGAACGUGCGAGAGGAGGUAAUAGCGCAAUUGACGGCGGAGACGGACAGCCACGCCACUGCAAAGCAGGAGGCGCUGAAGCACUCCUUUGCUUCCGCCUCCACGGUCAGCGCCGCAGCCAACGCAGCUUCUACGAGCACCACCACCACCACUGCAGUGAACACAGUCGCAGUUGCCGCAGGAGGGAAGAAUCCAACGGCAGCACACAGCGCAUCGUCCGGUGCCAUCCCCGACUUUUUGAUGGAUGCGACAGCGGUGCGUGGCGCCGCAACGCUGCUGCGCCUCAUCACCAUUGGCAAAACUCUCUGCCAAAAGUAUCAGGUGGACCGGCUCUCAGGGGACGGUGGGGCCGCCGGAGGUGCGGGAAGUCCGUUUGCGCAGAACCCAGAGUACUGGUUUCGCCUCCUGGACGUCUUCAUGGUGCCGCGCCGUCUCCUGUGUCAGGUCGUAACGAAAGAUGAGCAGCUGCAGUCUGGGAGUGGCGGCGGCGCCGACGAGGGCAACCGUCAUGAAGACGCGACGAUGGUAGUGGACGGAACCGGCAUGCAAAGUGAGCUGGAGAUUGCCGCCAACUGCGCUGCUGCUGAAGCGCGGAGCGACAGUCCGCGGAGCGGUCGUGAUGGCCGCCGCAGCGCGUCUUCGCCACUUCUGAGCGGCGCUGAGUAUCGUUUACCGCGACUGACGCGGCCCCUCACGCCGCACCAGCGGAAGAUGAUCGCGGCGCUGGUGUCAGUUUACACGCAGUGCACCUCCGACGUGCUGCGUGGAAUGAUGAACUCGCUGGACCUCUCCGUGGUGGUGGAUAAGGUGGUGCAAGACAACAAAGAGGAGGCGUUUCGGCCUUUCAAGCCGGUCAUACUGGACAUGAUGGCGUCGCUGAGCUUCGAACUGGAGGCGAACCGCCUGUGCGAGUCCGCCACCGAGAGCGACGUCAUGUCGCUAGGGCGGGAGCUCUACCAGAAGCUGAACACCGGCAUUGUCACGCUGUCCGACAGCUGUGCGCUGUGUCACGUCCACCUCAGUGAGCCGCCCCCGGCGUUCGCCAUGGAGGCGACACUCACGCCUGCCGCAGUGGCGCCGGCAUCGUCGCCGUCGUCGGCGGUGUCCGUGUACAUGUGCGGCCACGCCUAUCACACGCUGUGCUCGCAGCACGUCAUGAACGCGGCGCCGCAGCAGCAGGGAGGCGGCUGCUACGUGUGCGCGCAGCAACGCUUUCUAUCAACGCAGCCAGGUACGGGUGUCGCUGGCGUACAGCACGGCAGCGGCGGCGGCGUUGUCGGUGCGGGUGCAAGCGAGGGUCCGGCAACCACAUCGUUAGGAAACCGCAGUGCGCGACAACCUGCCUCGGUCGACAUUGCCCGCACCCAGCGCCGUGUGCGGCAGACGAAGGUGAAGAUUGACCACACGGAGGACCUGUACCCGUUGCUGAAGUCCUACUUGACGUGGGGCGACUCAGCGCCGUCGACGCCCGCCGGCAACGACAGCGCUGCGGCUGCGGCUGUGGCCGCGACGGCGAGUGGUGGCCCUUCCCAGGUGGCUGCGGAAGCCGGGAGUUGGGUGCUGGCACCGUCUCCGCGAGUACCGGCAGCCAUUGGCGAUUUGGCCACCUCCAGCCAAGGCGCAGCACGAGUCACCGCGACCGGCGCGGGGUCAAAAGGCUUCGACGUGGAGACGCUCACGGAUGCGGAGAUACUGGAGCUCUUUGGGACGCUCUAA